UAUAUGAACUUUUAAAAGUAUUUUGCCAUUCGGAUGAUUAUAACCGUUAUCAAAACCCUUUAUGGAGUACUACUUCCUCCAAUCAGUUUACAGCUGCCGGUAUUGCAUGUCUUGGUAAUUGUUUUUCUGAUGGAAUUCUAAGAAUAGAAACAAUUUUUUUACAAGAUGUUAUUUCAAAGCAAAAAGGUAAUAAAGUUAGAAAAAGAAAGUUAGGAGUUACCAGAUGGAAACCUAAUGACCAGAACUCAAAAAAAAAGAAAUCUUCUAAAAUUACUGUUACAUCAAUAUCUGAUCAACAAAUACCAAUUGAUUCAAGAAACUUAGUAAAUCAAAGUGAACCGCCAAGAAAAAAUGCUGCAUGUAAUGCUAUAUCUGCUAAUGUGAAGAAGGUGGAAAAAAAUAUUAUCUUGAGGACAAAAUCUGGUAUAAACGAUGAUGGUGGUAGCUUUCAAAAUCCUAUUGUUAUUUUGAAGGAUGAAACUGGAGCCUUCACUCCUGCUAACGGUGACAAUGAUUUGAAAAGAAAGAGAGAGGAUAAUGAAUCGAAUGAAGAAUUAGCAUCAUUAUUUGAUGAAUCUAAUGAAGACGCCCUUUUGGAAAACAUUAAUGAAAAAGCACUAGAAAAGGAAAAGCAACUACUCUCAAGUAAUGAUAGAUUCUCAAAGAAUCCAUCAUAUAUGUGUGAAAAUGUAAUCAGAUCUUUCGUUAAAUAUCAGAAUUGUAUCUCUAAAACCUGUAGAGUCAUCAUCCCUACUUAUUGGAGAGUAUUAUAUUUGACCAGAGAAAGCCUGUACGAUUGUAAACAGUUCACUGCAGAGAACAUAUUGCAAUUGUCGCAGGAUUUUGCCGAUAAGAUUAAAUAG